GAUACCUAAAAAACUACACGGAGUGACCGACGGCCGAGAUUCAUUUGUUGUGGGAAAGCGCAGUGCUUAAAAUCUAACAGCAGAAGUAAACCUGCGAAGCUUUGUAGCCAUUAGGCUUUAGAAAGAAGAAAGACCCCUCUUUUCUUGCUUUGACGGACUUAGCGAGUUUGGGUAUUUCUUAAUUCCUGUGUUUAGGGUUUUUCACAUUCUAAAUAAUUUACUGUUUGUUUGCUGGUUUGCGACUGGUGGCAGCUGCUAAUUUCUCAUCAUGUCUUGGUGCACAAUUGAAUCCGAUCCCGGUUGUGAUGCUUUUUGGAUGAUCUGUUUUGAGAUUUAAGCUUGAAGAGAAUGGUUUUUCCCAUAUGAUGCAGGUAGAGGAGUUGUAUUCAUUGGAUCUUGAUUCUCUAAACAAUCUUAGGCCUGUGUAUGGGUUGAUUUUCCUUUUCAAAUGGCGCCCAGGGGAGAAAGAUGAACGUCCAGUAAUUAAGGACCCAAAUCCUAAUUUGUUCUUUGCUAGCCAGGUUAUCAAUAAUGCUUGUGCUACACAAGCAAUAUUGUCUGUUCUCUUGAACUGCCUAGAAAUUGAGAUUGGCCCAGAACUUUCGAAGUUGAAAGAAUUCACUAAAAAUUUUCCUCCAGAACUCAAGGGUCUGGCUAUUAAUAACAGUGAAGCUAUACGUACAGCCCAUAAUAGUUUUGCAAGGCCUGAGCCUUUUGUUCUAGAGGAGCAGAAGGUUGCUGGGAAAGAUGAUGAUGUCUACCAUUUCAUAAGUUACAUACCAGUUGAUGGGGUACUUUAUGAGCUUGAUGGACUAAAGGAGGGACCCAUUAGCCUUGGUCAGUGCCCUGCUGGACCAGGUGACAUGGAAUGGUUGAAAAUGGUACAACCAGUAAUCCAAGAACGUAUUGAGAGAUAUUCCAAAAGUGAAAUAAGAUUCAACCUCAUGGCAGUUAUCAAGAACAGGAAAGAGACAUACACUGCUGAACUUAAGGAGCUCCAAAAGAAGAGGGAACGCAUCCUGCAGCAGCUGGCUACUAUACAGUCAGACAGACUCGCAGACAAAACUAGUUUUGAAGCACUAAACAAACAACUUUCAGAAGUGAAUUCGGGGAUUGAGGGUGCCACCGAGAAGAUUUUGAUGGAAGAGGAGAAAUUCAAGAAAUGGAAAACUGAAAAUAUUCGUAGGAAACACAACUACAUACCCUUUUUGUUCAACUUCCUUAAAAUUCUUGCUGAAAAGAAGCAAUUGAAACCCCUCAUUGAGAAAGCUAAGCAGAAAAGUGGCAACCCUAGGUGAAAUGUUUCUUAUUUUCAUUUUCAUUUCUUGGUUGACUGUAUCCUUAAUCCAAACUUAAGGUUUAGUAUCACUAAAGCACAUGUUCAGUUUAGGAUUCAAAAAAACACUACAUGAAAGUUGUUUCAGCCAAUCCCUAACACCCUUGUUAGGGGGGAUCAACAGUCUACACCAACAAACACAUGGGGUUGGACGAUUUGUUGCUGUAGUGCCUUUGAGCCCACGCAAUAAUACUCCUGAGUGGCUCUACUAU